AUGACGCUCCGCAAUGCGGUGCUGAGCGUUGUUCCGCUGACAGUGCGCGACGCAACUCCAACAGCCUGGCUGCAAUGGACGCCUUACGAGACACCGCUUUCCAAUCCCACCAGCGCGGCAGCAUGGAUCCUCUUUUGGCUCGCGGGCAUCUUCACUGGCAGAGCAUACAUGCGCUCCAAAGCUCCGUUCGGCAAGAGUCUCAAGUGGCCCUUUUUCGUGCACAAUGUGCUCCUCAGCGCAGGCAGCGGAUUGUUGUUGGCGCUCGUGUUGGAGGAAAUCUUGCCCAUUUGGAAAGCUCAUGGCUUCUUCUACGCCAUCUGCGACAAGGGCGCCUUUACUUCGAAACUCGAAACGUACUACAUCAUCAACUACUACUUCAAGUAUUACGAGCUGUUCGACACGGUGUUCCUAGUGUUGAAGAAGAAGCCCUUGACUACGCUGCACGUCUAUCAUCAUAGCGCGACGGCAUUGCUGUGCUUCUCGCAGCUUUAUGGACAGACGAGCGUGCAGUGGGUGGUCAUCAGUUUGAACCUGUUCGUGCAUCUCAUCAUGUACGCAUACUAUGCCCUCACGGCUUUGCGCAUCCCAUGCCCAUGGAAGCGCCUAGUAACGAUUGCGCAAAUCACGCAAUUCGUCAUCGAUCUGAUCAUCGUCUACUUUGCAUCUUGGCAACACUAUGCUUGGAAGUGGAAUUUCCGAGCUCUGACCUGCGGAGAUUGCGCAGGCAGGGAAUACGCAGCUUGGGCAGGCAUGGCAGUCUUGACCUCCUACCUCUUGCUCUUCGUCGACUUUUACAAGCGCUCCUAUGCCCCCAAACGUCGAGCUACGAGGGAUGGGACGAGCUCGCCGCGCAAUGCUGAAAAAGGACCGGCAGCAGGGCGCGAUGCUAGCGCGCAGAACGCCAGCCGCACUGCUGCCAGCGCUGGAGAUUGGAAGAAGUGAGGUUCAUUGGUGCGGAUCGGAUCGAGGUCUCUCGCGGCCCGAGAGAGGGAAUGUACGUUGUGCCGGGAAUGUACGUCGUGCCCAGCACGCAUCAGACAAAAUGCUCCCAGCUAGACGAGCGCAGCAUCACCAAGAGCAAUGGACGCAUCCCAGACCAUGUCGUCAGCGCACCAUCAUGUUCGACACAGCGCGAGAGCAGCGGUCAGAGAGGCAGAAACAUAGACGCAAAAGGCACACUCCCAUGCAAUUGACGAAUUUUGCAAGCGGUGGCUAUCUCCCCGCUGCUGCACUGUGACCGCGAGACUGAUUGGCUUGCGCAGCAGCAGCUGCUGCUGCUGCAUUCACAUCCGCAUGAGCUCUCUCUAUCCUCUUGCGAUUUUCUUCUCUUCCUCUAGCCCUCUUGCUCAUCCUCCCAUCAUCGUCUCUGUGUCCAUACCCUCGCUUGACAUGAUCC